CCCCCCGAAUCCUGCCAGGGCAGCUGGAAGAUACAAGCCCAAUGCUGGCUGGAUGGACCCCUGUCAGGCCCCUGCUGGAGACCAGAGCACACCACCAGCGAGCAGCCGUUACAGGGACUGGAAGGAACAGUAACGUGCAGCUCCCUGCACCCCUUCACCUCCUACACAGUCACCAUCUCUGGGGGCUACCCAGCGACCGUCCUUUAUAGCCAGCGGGUCCGCACAAGUGAAACAGCCCCAGACCAACCCGAGAUCGAGCCGCUGGAUCCCAGCACCAAAACCUUCAUGUGGAAGCAGCUGCCGCCCUGCAAAGGGGAGAUCGUCGGGUACCAGCUGAACAUCACGGCCAGCAGAGAGUACAACAGCAGUUUCCUCGAGGUCGAGAAGCUGCGAGUGAAUCAGUCGGUCACCAAGUACCUGCUGCACCCCUGGAGACACGGGACCAACUACACAGUGACAAUCCAGGGCCUGACGGCUGCCGGCCUUGGGCAGGAGUCACGCUGGGACUUUGAAACCAACAUCUCUGAGCCAGCCAUCCCCCCCAGCGUCACCGCCCUGAGCGUCUACAGCAUCUCCCCGUCGAGCGGGACGGCUCUGCUCCCCCUGCAGCCCCUCCCUGGGCUCCAUGGACCCAUCAGGGAGUAUCAGAUCAUUGUAUCUGCGAUGCAGAAUGGCAGCGAAGUGGAUGCCUGCUGCUCACCAGGUCUGCAGCCCUUCAACUCCAGCCUGGAGCUCGACAUGUACCUGGCUGCCGUGCUCCCCGCGCACAACCUCACAGGCCCGACUGACUUUGUGCUGGGCGACGGGGCCCAUCACUAUGGGUACUACAAUGCUCCCCUCCGCCCCCACAGGAACUACACGGCUGUGGUGCGUGUCAUCAGCCGUUGGAACCAGAUGGAGAAAUUCAGCUGUGUGCACUAUGACUUCUUCGUCGGAGAGGCCCAGACUCCCCAGUCCGGGGGCCUGGCAGUAGCCGUGGCAGUGCUGGUGGUACUGGUGCUGUUGGUCGCAGGGGCCCUGCUGCUGUGGUUCAUGCUCUCCAGGAAAUGCCAGGCUUCGGCGAACCGCCCUGCCAAGGACACGGAGGAUGCGCUGUACACAGAGCUCCAGCCCUCGGACACCCCAGAUAUUUACUGCACGAUCCAGGCGCCGGCACACAGAGCUGCAGGUAGGAACGGCACAGCCUCUGGCUGGCAGGCUGCACCCAGGGCCCCGCCUGCAGGGUCCCCAGCUGUCGGGGGAUGGGGGAUGGGCACCAACUACGACUCUGCUGGUCCCACUAAGUGCCCCAGAUCCCAGAACACCCCCUGCUGCCCCACACGUGGCAGAGACAUGGCUCAGCGCCUUGCUGCAAGGAGCCAGGCUCCAGCCCCUGCUCCCCAGGCCCCGGGAGCGAGCCGGCUCGGGAGUCUCUCCACAGGGAUGGCUGGGGUGCUGCUCAGUCCUGCAGAGCAGGUGGCCAGUGGUUCCCUUCAGGGCCCGGUUUGGGCUGAUGUGUCCCCCCUUUGGGCUCUGCGAGUGGGGCCAGGGCAGGGCGCGGGGUGGAGACGAGGCCCUGUAUCCAGCUGUAGUGGGGAGGAGGGUUGUGCAGGUGUGAGGCUCCCCAGGAGUCCCGUCCAGGGGGACUCGCUGCAGGGAGCUCCUGGGGUGACCAGGAGAGGUGCCUGGUGGGAGACGCUGCCCCAGAGUCGUCUAACUUCCUCCAGAGCCGUUCCCGCGGUGACUCCGUGACACCCAGACCUGGCUCUGCACACGCGGCCCCCAGCACGGCUGCCCAUUGCAGAGCAGCGCCAGGACCCCGCUCCUCUCGGCACCAUUGGCAGAGCAGCCGGGGCCCACCCCGGGGAUCGUAGGAUGAACAGAGGCCCCUGAACUCAGAGGGAUGGGGAGGUUCUGCUCGCCCUGAAGGGCCCAAGGCUCAGUGUUGGCGCUUCCUCACGCCAGGCUGGGCACCAAGGAACACGUCUGAGUAGAGAGAGGAAAUGCAGGAGCUGAGGGAUCUGGAAAGGGGGUACAGGGCCUUUCGCGGUGGGGAAGGGCUGGCUCGGGCGGAGCGGGGAAGGGGGUACAGGGCCUUUCCACUCCAGGGCACUGGCUCCAGCUGUGUGCCCACUUCCUCACCAGCCAGCCCCUUGCACCACUGUACAUACCCGUGCAGAGGGGCGAGAAACGUUGCCACAUCCCCAGGUGCCAGGCGGUGCCGAAGCAGGCCCCGGCCCCUCUGGCGCGUCGUGAGGCUGUGUCUGGCCGUGUCUGGCUGCCUGCUGCAGUGUCACACUGCCCAGAGUGCGAGAGGCCGGUCUCGCGUGUGGCUGCACCCAGGCUACGGCGCCCAGUGCAGGGACCAGUUCCUGGGGCAAGCUGGGGGGCAGUCAGGAGAAGAAGCGAGAUGCCUGGUGAGCUGGAGCAAUGGCUAAUGGAGUGAGAUGGGCUCAGCGGGUGCGAAGGGGAGGUGUCAGAACAGCUGCCUGUCUGUAGCGAUUACGCUUGCCUGCAACUCCCCCCCCCCAUGCCCGACCCAAACUCUUCACUGCCCCUGGAGCUAGAGCCCAUGAGGUGCAAUAGGCCCAUCUCGCCAGGCGGGCGUCUCGCGUGGGAGCAUUGACUGCGCUAAGGUUCCCUGGGCCUGUCUGGGGAUCCCCCAGCUGUGAGCUCCUCCCUCCACAGCCUUCAUAAGUCACUUGUGGGGCAGCCUCCCGUCUCUCUUGGGCCAGCUAUUGAGCAGCCCUGCCAGCCCCAGGCAAGACUAACUGCCCCUUUUCCUGGGCCGGGUGCCCUGUUGUCUCCCGUGUGUGAACGCAGGGCCAGGGCCGAGCAUGGGAGUUAUGGGUGUUAAACCAACUAGCAAUAGCUUGCUGUGAGACCCAGAAAAGUGAAGGUCAAAUGGGGCAAAUCCCCCUUACCCCAAGAAAUCCAACGCCCCCCUUCACUCAACCCCUACAUCAGGCUGUCUUGUGAAUCAGCGCUCCCUCUGGCUUGUCUCUUGGUCCUCCCCCGUCCUGUGUGCCCCCUGGGGAGUGUGAAAUUAAAGGUACUGGAUAUAAUUGGGGUAGGAACUAGAGGGGAUCUGUGUUUGGUGUCUCGUGCAGCGAUUGGUGCACAAGAGCAGAGGUAGGAAUUGUUCGGCACCUGAGGGGAAAAGACAAUUAAUUACCUGGGUCUAGACGAGACCUUCUGGCUCACUGAGCAUCGAAGAGUCUUAGCACCGAACCAGGGUGGAACUUUGGAGCAUUAAAAGAUAUUGCUGAAAAGGGGGGACCCAGGUGCUGGUCUGGGCGAAUUCUGACCCACAGCCCAGGGAAUGAGCUGACCCUCCCGGCUACAAGACAGUGAGGAGAUUUCAGAGUAGCAGCCAUGUUAGUCUGUAUUCGCAAAAAGAAAA